CAUCUGUCAGAAUAAUGUAAAAUUUUCUUUUACUGUUAAAUUAAAUUAUUGUUUUUGCCACAUAUCAUUAUAGUUCAGGCAGGUUGAUAUUAGAACUAUGCAUGGGAAGAGGAAAAUAAAAUGUGAUGGAAAAUAAACAGUCUCCAUCCAAGAAGAAGUUACUGUCCAUCCAAGAAGAGAAGUUGAUACGUGAGGUUGAUUACGAUUCUCUCGCGGGAGGUUCUGCCCGCCUACAUAAGAAACAACUUCUUCUGGAUUUAGAGAUACUUCAGAAGAGACCAACGCACCGGCCGGCUUCACAAAGAGUACUCGUUUCCAUCAAACCGAGAGCGCCCGCGAUCAAAACCUUAUACGUUGCAGAAAAGAGUCGCUUCCACUCCAAGAAGGGUUCAGACAGGUCAGGAUCUCGCCUUGGCAUUGGGGAUCAUUCAUCUUUCACCACUCAUUUCAAUAAGGAUGAUUCAAAUGGUAUAAAUUCAAUCGCUUGUGGUACGGAGCAGCCUUAUACAAAAAGUGGAACAGAGAAGGUUUCCUCGCUGACAAUUCAGGUAGAGAGCUCAGCAAUAGUUUCGAAAUGUUCACACACUGACAGCACGCCUAACAAGGUAAAUGUAUAUAAUGCAAAACGACGGUCCGCAGAAAAAUGCUAUGUUUAUACACAGCCGCAAAUAAAUAUGAACCUUCCUAAAGUUGAUGCCAAAGCAGAUAAAAAGUCGUUAAACCCCAACAAAGUUGAUAUAGCCACAUUAAUAAUUACGAAUACAUCUUCCGAAGAUUCAGUGCCACCCUCUGUCACCACAAUUAAUAAUUUGAAUAAACGAAUUGAUCAUUUGGAACGUAAAAUUUUAAGACAAGAAAUGGUUUUCCGUUCUAUAGAUCCUAACAUACCUCUGUCUUCGUCAGAUGAAGAACCUAAAGGUAACAUAAUGAGGACUACAUCUGGGACCGGGAGGCCUGGUUGUAGCUACAUUCAGCAGUAUAGCCACGUUCCUGAAACCUCAGCGUUCCAGCGCUACGCACAACAAGCCGCACCGCUGUCGCCUAGCAAAGCUACUACUUUAGAAAAAGAACACAACUCUGAGCAGUAUGGUCGAGACUUCACCGCCUACGAUGGGAUAACAGCACGUGGCCGGCGACAGUGCGCGUCAGUUCCCUGCAAACGGGAUGACAUCCCAAAAAUGGCCGCCGAACGAGUGCACAAGAUCCGACAUAAACUUAAUCCAGUACGUGAUUAUCGGCUCAUGGACACGGUCCAUUACUUAGCUCAAGGCGAAUUUGCUCCACGUGACGAUGGAAUCAAACUAACGCCAUCUCGAGAAGCUGUCCUCAGUGAUAUUAUUUGGGAGGACGUGUGUCGCACACACUGGCCUAAUGCACGACUCGGGCGACGAGUUGCUCAUUCGGAGAGAUGUAGCACAAGGUGUGAGCUGCAGCGACUGAUAGACAGCCUUCUACGGGAACGUGUAGCCCAUGUGGAGCGAAGGAGAAGGCGCCACUACAGAAUAGUAAAACUAAACCAUCGUCAUGAGAGUUGCAGACCUGUGGGCAAGACCGGGGAUAUCAUUGUUGCUAGCCAUAAAAAUAGACAGGGCGAAGAAGUUGCCAUCAGUGAUCACAAUGCUACGAGUGCAAUGAUGGCUGACAGGCGAUGGGAGGAGCCCGGCGCACGUAGAACUCCGAGAAGCCACGAUCGGUUGGGGGCGGAUACGCGACCAAAUCGUCACUCUUUGGAUCGCAGGUAUGGGUACGAAGACUGUGUUCCGGGUCCAAGUUACGCAGUAAAUAGGUCGCCGCCGAGCAGAGAGCCGACUUGUUGCUACCAGACAUCGAGCCCAGUGAAGGCGGACAGGCGCAGUGACAUGCGCAAGAAGCGUCGCAACGGGAGCCGCGAGCUCACCAGCGGCAGCAGUUCCACUUGCAAGCCGAGGAACCCUCGGCUGAUCGUCAAAAAGGUGGCGUCACAUCGCAAGUACCACCCUAAGGAUGAGCCCAACCUCGAACACUACAUCUUGCUGCCGACACUGGUUGUACGAACACCGUCUAAUAUGAAACGUCAGAAGAAAUUUAACGAAUUAUACCAUCGCAUUUUAAACGUCCAAUUAAAUAACGUACAAAACAAUACCAUUGACCCCGACUCUGAUCAACCCAGCACUUCGCAGGCACCGACUAAGAAAGACGUUGGCCUGAACUUCAACAUCACUCUAUCCAACAGUUCGGAGCAAAUUAACGAAUAACUACAAUCCUUAUAUCAUGGCGCGACUAUCUACAAGGUUACGAAAUAGUAAAAUUUUCAUAUAGUAUAUAUGUAAUUUAAAUACUUUUUAAAUAUAGUAAUCUUUGGUAUAAAC